GGUGAAAUCUGCUUUGGACAUGUAAAUGACAUCAAUGUUGCCCGACCCGUAAUUCAAUCAAGAUUUUCAAUUGACUAUUCAAGGAAUCACUCUCUAAAUAGUACCCUCCAUUCCUUAUUUCCCUUUUCCUUCCUUCUCCCCCCAAAACAAAUAUCUUUGGCCAUCCUCAAGAAGAUGGCCAGCACCAAUCUUUUAUCCACCACCAUUACACCCCUCCCUUUCACUUCCCACCUCAAAUACUCCCCAUUUGUCCUACUUAAACCCGCAGGAAAACUCAGAGGAGACCCAAAAAGGCCGCCAACAAUUCGAGCUCAAUCCAAGAACGACGACUCUGUAGAUGGACCAGACCGAUUAAUCUCCGCUAUCACUUACUUCUACCCUUUCUUUGAUGGUAUUCAGUAUGGCAAAUAUGUCAUCACACAGUAUGCUCCAUUCCAAAUCCUUAUUCAACCUUUAGUCCCAGCAAUAAGGGUUUUCAAGAGCUUUCCACUUAAUGGGCUGUUGGUUUUCUUUACUCUUUACUUUAUUGUAGUUAGAAAUCCUAAUUUCAGUAGAUAUGUGAGGUUCAACACUAUGCAAGCUAUUGUUCUUGAUGUGCUGCUCAUUUUUCCUGAUUUGUUGGAGAGGAGUUUCAAUCCAAGAGAUGGAUUUGGUUUGGAUUUGAUGAUGAGCUUCGAUAGCACUGUGUUUUUGUUUAUUUUUGUUUGUUUAGUUUAUGGUUCGUCUUCGUGUUUGUUGGGUCAGUUGCCUAGAUUGCCUAUUGUUGCUGAAGCUGCUGAUAGGCAAGUGCUAUGAACCUCCUGAAUUUACUUAUUUUGGUGGUACGAUUACUCUUUGUACACUUGAUUAGUUUUUGGUUUAGCUUGACAAUGAAUAGCUAUUUUGUUCGGAAAGUAAAUGUGUAUGCUCUUUUGCUUUUGUCGCUUUUA